AUGAAGGACGUGGAAGAAGAAUCUGAAGAAGAAGAAGAUGACGGCAAUGAAGAACUUCAGCGUCAAGUUCGCAAGAACAACCGUGACGUUGGAAGACUUCAGGAAAUGUUCAAUUCGAACGCCGUAGUCCUCGAGCAACUCCAAGCUACUAUCCGGAACCUCGAAGGACGCAACCAGGAACUCCUGAACCAGAACCGUACCCUACAAGGUGCUGCUAAUAUCAUCCAAACCCCUGUAGACGGACGAGAGAAGCUCCGUUUCAGCACCCUAAGCAAGUAUGAUGGUACUCCUGGCAAACUCAAGGGAUUCCUGAUUCAACUCAAGAAUUACCACAACUUUCACUGCUCCAACUUCAGAAAUGAGUCUGAGAAAGUUUUACACGCUUCGACCCUCCUGGACGGGAAAGCCCUUCAGUAG